GACCCGUCGACGUGAACGAGAUCCAAAACCCUGCCAAAAUCCCGACGGAACCCUAACAAAGCCGCGCUCCGUCAACUCGCCGUCGCCGGCGGUAACGGCCUCCUCUCCGCGGCGCCCCCCGAGCCUCGACGCCCCCCGAAACCCUAGAGUUCCAAUUCUUAAGCGGGAGGAGCAAUCGAGACGAUUCUCAUUUCGUAUUUCGAUGGCUUUCCCUUCUCGGUUCGUCCGACGCAGCACGAUCGAGUCGAUCUUUGGAACGAUCAAUUCGAGCCGAAUUAUGGAAUCGUCGUUCUCGCAUUCCUUGAGGAAAUCAUUGAUGGGGUUCUGCAAUGGAUAUCAGGCGGCACCUAGUUCAUAUCUUAUGCCAAGGCUUACAGUCAUUUCAUAUUUUUCCGUAUGUUCGUAUUCCGAUCGAAUAAGCCCCGGAAUUAUGUCUUCUUUAUCACCUAUGGCAAGAUAUUCUUUGAACCUUCAAAACUCUAUUGUUUAUAGAUUAUUUGGCCUGCGAUGGUGGCAACCAAUUAGAUAUAGAAGUAAUGCUCUGGUCACGCUAAAUACUAAUGAUGAUGUUGCCAGAUUUUCCAUUGAGAAGCCGAAUGCCAAACCGGGAGCUCAAAAGAAAGGAAGUCAAAAACCAAAGAAAAAGAAGAUGUCGAGGAAAGCAAAACUAAAUGAGCUCAAAUGGUACCGGUUGAAGGCAAAGAAGAAGAUGAAAUCUCCAAACCCUGAAGUUAGGAUGCGAUAUAAGCUUGAGAAGGCUAGAAGAAAAGAAGAAUGGCUGAUUGAGAAGCUCAGGAAAUAUGAGGUUCCAAGAAGUCCGGAGCCAGUACAUGAUCCUGAGAUCCUUACUGAAGAAGAGCGAUUUUACCUCAAACGAACUGGCGAAAAGAAAAAGAACUAUGUUCCAGUCGGAAGAAGAGGAGUGUUUGGGGGUGUGGUUCUUAAUAUGCACCUGCAUUGGAAGAAACAUGAAACUGUGAAGAUAGUUUGCAAGCCUUGUAAACCAGGCCAGGUGCAUGAGUAUGCUGAGGAGCUAGCACGCCUCAGCAAAGGCACUGUGAUAGAUAUAAAGGCUAACGACACUAUAAUAUUCUACCGUGGAAAGAAUUAUGUGCAGCCAAAGGUCAUGUCUCCUCCAGAUACUCUUUCUAAGCAGAAGGCCUUGGAGAAAUAUAGAUUUGAGCAAUCUCUUGAACACACUAGCCAGUUCAUUGAGAAGCUGGAGAAGGAACUAGAAGAAUACCAUAAGCAUGUGGCAUUGUUUAAAAAGUGCGAAGAGAUUAAUAAUAAUAGAACAAUUGAUGAAGAGAUAACUGUUGAUAACUCUUGAUUUUUUUAUGUAUUUUCUGGUGAACUUUCCAUUUUUGCAGUCACUUGAGGUAGGUUAGUAACUCAGUAUGUGAAAAUGUCUGGCAAUUGCCAAUUACCACCUAAUCAAAAGAGGCAAUGAGAAGGUACUGAUCAUGUUUCAGUGCUCAAGGGAAAGUUCGCCAGCAGUAAAGAAUUUUUCGCUCUUUUAGCAGAAUCUGGGUACAUUUUAUGCGACCAUCAUUUGUUCUCUGUUUACUCCACAGUUUGUAAUCUUCUUAUGUUUUUCCUGAAUAAUUUUUAUCUUUUCUCUAAAAAUAUCUUUUGUUACUUUA